AUGGCUUCUGAGGACAAUUUCAGAGACAACAUACUUGGCCACUCAGCCGAUGUACCCGAAGGCACACCUGAGGUGUCGGGGGUCGACUUCAACCACUACCAAGAUCGCAAUAUCACAGUAGCUGAAAUGCUUGACUCAAUGAGACACACCGGCUAUCAAGCUACUUCUGUUGCAGAAGCCGUACGAAUCAUUGAUACGAUGGUAACGUCCUAUAGUAAUCUUGGAACAUCUCUCCUAACAAACUACCAGCGAUCAUGGCCUCGAACUCCCUCUCCCUCGCACCCAGAAAUCCAAUCCGAAAUCUUCCUCGGCUACACCUCCAACCUAGUCUCCUCCGGUCUCCGUUCCACAAUCCGCUACCUCGUCGAGCACAAGCACGUAACCUGCCUAGUCGCCACAGCCGGCGGCAUCGAAGAAGACAUCAUCAAAUGCCUUGGCCCCACAUAUUCAACACCCAGCUUCUCCGCCAACGACGCACAGCUCCGCUCCGACCAUAUCAAUCGCAUUGGCAACCUCCUCGUCCCAAACAACAACUAUGUUUCCUUCGAAGACUGGAUCACGCCCCUCCUCUGGAAAAUGCUCGAAGAGCAAGAAGCUUCCUUCGCGCACCUGCAGCACCUGCACGCUCAGCGACAAUCACAACCUCCUCCACCCAAGGGCGCGAGGGCGAAGGCGGGGGCACACGUCGACACCGACGACGAAAACCCCCUCAUCUUCUCCCCCUCAACAUUCAUAGCCCGCCUCGGCGCCGAAAUCAACGAUGACUCCAGCAUAUGCACCUGGGCAUAUCGCAACAAAAUCCCGAUAUUCUGCCCCGCGCUGACGGACGGCUCCAUCGGCGACAUGCUCGCUCAAUUCAUGAUCCGCGCUCGCAACCGCGUCCCUGUCUCUCCUUCCCCUGUUCCGUCUCUCCACCCCUGGUUCUCCACCUCCCCCCUCCUCCUCGACAUAGCGCGCGACAUCGACCUCCUCAACAGCAAAACACGACACUGCCAGCUCCACGGGGCGAAGAUGGGGGCGAUCAUCUUGGGGGAGGAGUGGUGA